CAAUGUGAACAAGUGGUGCGGGAGCGGGGUAGUGUAGUUUUGUCUAUUUUAUUGUCCAUUCUCAUUCGCUAAUCGCUAUUAUUAUUUAUUUUGUGGAUGUGGAUUAAAAUAAACAGUGUUAAUGUUAAAUAGAGGUGCAAGACUAGUUGCGCUUUUGCACAGGAGACUUUCGAGAUUUUAAGUGAUUCCUUUCUUCAGGAAUAACCUUUGUCUUGAGAAUAAGAUCGAAAAUCCGAGAAGCAAGAAAUGAGUAAUAAUGAUCCAAGAUCCGCCAGAAACAUUCACAGUACUAAUGUGGCUUUGGAACAAAAUAAUCCGUGUUUAAGAGAGAGCCAGGCUUCUCUGAAGUGCUUGGACAGAAACGGAUACGACAAUGAUAAAUGUCAAGAUUUCUUUGCCAACUAUAAAGCCUGCUUGAAGUUCUGGACUAAAGUCAGGAGAGAACGUCGAUGGAAAGGUAUCAAGCCUGAACUGCCCCCGCUGGAAGAAAGGGAGGCUAUACGGAAUGAAUAUUAUAAAAAGUGAAAAUUUGUUAUUUAUCAAAUAGUUUUAUUAGUGAAAAUAUAUUGUUAGACGUGUG